AUAGCCUUUAGUGCACAUGCGCGCAUGCUUCAUGCACGCCGCUGCGGUCGGGAACGCGCUUCUGGGCGCGCUCCCGCAAUGUAUAAAGUCCAUUCGUCAUCGGUCCAUUCAAUUUCUUCCAGAUCCCGAACUAUUCCCAGCUGCGACCAUGGCCUCCGGUGUGAAAGUCACAGAUGAAGUCAUCGCUGUCUUCAAUGACAUGAAGGUCCGUAAGGCUCAGGCAAACGAGGACGAGAAAAGAAAGAGGAAGAAGGCCAUUCUUUUCUGCCUGAGCAAGGACCUGAAGAACAUAGUCCUGGAUGAGGGCAAAGAAAUUCUGCUGGGUGACAUCGGAAACACAGUCAUGGACCCGUACCAGGACUUUGUCAAGAUGCUGCCCCCAGACGACUGCCGCUACGCUCUGUAUGACGCCACCUAUGAGACCAAAGAAACAAAGAAGGAGGACUUGGUCUUUAUCUUCUGGGCGCCAGAUAGUGCUCCUCUGAAGAGCAAGAUGAUCUAUGCCAGCUCAAAAGAUGCUAUUAAGAGGAAAUUUGAAGGCAUUAAGCACGAGUGGCAGGUGAACGGUUUGGAAGACCUCAAAGACCGACGCACCCUGGCAGAGAAGCUCGGUGGCUCGUCAGUAGUCACCCUGGAAGGAUCUCCUAUAUAAAUAUGACUCUCCUCCUCCGGCUUUGAUCGAAGCCUCUCAGACACAUCAUCAGUUGGGUUUAGCUGUUCAUUCCAGUUGGGAGUGGAGAAAGGGGCAAAAGCAGAACCAUCUGUGGGACUUCUGGGGAGGGUUACAGUGGGUGGGUUUGAGGGUCAAGGGACAAAGAAAACAAAAAACAGGCUGACUGUUGUUCCAGUUCAUGCAACAUAAGGAAAAAGAACAAAACACACCUAAAGAUACAAAUGAUGAAGGAUGAUGAAAUUUCAAUGCACUUAUUCACAUUUAAGGACAGGGUUUUGUUCUUUUCAGGUUCCACAUGAAAUAUGUCAGAGAAAGUGGCAGAAAACAACCUUUUAGUUUUCCAACCAUCACAUCAUAACAGAGCAAAUAUUCCAACUACAUAAUUUUGUUUUUGCCAAACUUCUAGUUAAGUUUUGUGUGUAGUUGAGACUAGGUGUAGUAUGAACUAAUUCACUCUUGUUUGCACAAGACGUAUGAAAACCUCUGGGGAACACGGUUAAAUAUUUUUGUUUUGUCAUGCCUUCAUUUUUUAUUUUUUUUUCUGUUCUCAUCAAACCUGCAAUUCUGAAAACUUGAGUGAUUCCUUUUUAUUUCCUGUUGUGUCGGGAGAACUUGGCAUUCGAUGUAGUAAACAUAACAUUCCUCGUACUUGUUAAAACAAAGAGUUCCUUGUUUUAAAAACGUUGGUGUUGAUGAUGGUCUGGUGGGGAGCGAUGUGUAAAUGAAGGAUGACCAGUCCGUUGAGGCUAAAAACUGAAGGGUGGAUGUUUUGUAUCGUCUCCUUAUCUCUAAUAAAAAACACUAAACUACU